CCACUUGAUGUGUCUUUCUAUUUGUUGCCAAAGCAGUGUGAAAAAACCCCAAAAGAGGAGGAGCAACUAGUCCAUAUGCAUGCAGGAUUGGGCCGUAGGACUGCUCAUCUAGAUGAGAGCACAACACAUGAAGAGCUUGAAGGGGGAUCCAUACUGUCAGAUAAGGAUAAACAGCGUGUCCAGGAUUUGGCCCUUGCCUGGGACCUCCCUUGCCUAACUGAGAAAAACAGGAGAUGGCUUUUUGAGAAGCUUUUGAUCCAUGCUGUAAUAGGACGUGUCACAAGGCAAAUUAAGCAGCUGAGACGAGGUCUUAAAGAAACCCCAAUGUGGACACUGGUGACCCAAAGACCUGACACAGUGGCCUUGCUUUUUCCGAAAGAGGGAGCAGGAAAUGUCAGCCCUGAGGUACUUCUUCAGCGACUCGUAUGGCCUCGUGGGGAUGGUGACGAUGAUGACGAUGAUUGUUCAGUUGACACCAAAUGCAGCAUUUCAGGCUAUCUUCGACAGUUCAUUGCUGAUGAUAGAGAUGAGCCGGAUACUCGGCUGAAACGAGUAUCCGGUACGGAUAAAGCACUUCUGCCGAGGACAGGACUGUGGGAUCUUCUUGACCUACGGAUAAUGGAAACAAGAAAGGUGAAGAGUGCAACUGCCAAUGCCACCAUUGAGAUUCAGCGCUACUAG